AUGCCUAAGCAGAAGAGAUACUCAACCACAGGGGGCCUCCGACGCGAAGAUUCCGACGAUGAACUCGGAUAUGAAGAUCAUCCCUGGCAAUGGAUUUAUGAAGAUGAAGACCAGAGUGAGCCCCAGGGCGACGAGACAAUAUCCUCAAGGAAGCGGAAAGCGAAUGCUCUUAAUCCGAAAAGGACAGCCAUAGUUGGAGCGCGGAUGGGUGCCUUCUCGGUGCGGAUAGGGGACUCGGUGUUGCUGAAGUCUCCCGAGCAAGGCAAGGAUUGGGUCGGACUUGCGUGCUCGUUCUCAGAAACCAACGAAGACGGGGAUGACGAGAUGUGUGUCUGCAUCCAAUGGUUCUGCACACCGGAAGAGUUGAUGUUCGGAAAACGCUCCAAAAUUUCGGGCGAUGUCUUGCCCAACGAAUCCUACAUCACCGCAGACUUCAACAUGAACCCCUUGACUGCUAUCAAUGGAAAGGCAACGGUCCUGUCAAAGGAGGCCUUCUUCCAGAAAUAUCCCGGCGGGGACCCACCGAAGUCCAAGUCGGCUGCUAAUCGAUAUGCUAAGACCAUUCUGUGUCGGCGAGGGGUCAAACAGAGAACCGUACGGUUCACCGAGGAUUUCGUGUGGGAAGAGAUCUACAGAGGUCCCGAAGAUCUCUUGGACCUGAUUGACUGGAUCAAAGAGCAGACGAAGAGUCGGAAGAAGCAAACUCUGAAAUCGGAGGACGUUGAAUAUGUCCAUCAAAAAGAGGAAAUCGACGAUGAGCCCCGAACGCCUCACAAGAGAAGGAAGACGACCGCAACAAUUUCGACCCCAAAGUCCUCGGUAAAGGCUUCCAAAUACAGCACGCCGACUCACAAGCGGAUCAUGAUCAAGAAGCCUAUUGAAAUCACCCCCUUAGGAACUCGAGUGCGUUCUCCUUCGCAGUAUAUGUCGACGCCUUAUUCGCACGCACGCGCAACCCUCCAUGUUUCUGCCGUUCCGACAUCCCUCCCCUGCCGCUCCAAAGAAUUUCACACCGUCUAUUCUCAUCUCUACUCCGCCAUUGUGGACGGCUCCGGCGCAUGCAUCUACAUCUCGGGGACACCAGGUACCGGGAAGACCGCCACAGUCCGGGAAGUGGUCGCAUCUCUCCACGAGGCAGUCUCGAACGAAGAACUCGACGACUUCAACUUUGUCGAAAUCAACGGUAUGAAAGUCACAGAACCGCAUCAAUCGUACUCACUCCUGUGGGAGGCGCUUAAGGGCGACCGAGUCAGUCCGCAUCAUGCUUUGAGCCUUCUAGAGCAAGAAUUCUCGCAUCCCUCGCCACGCCGCAUUCCCUGCGUCGUGCUCAUGGAUGAGCUUGAUCAGCUUGUGACAAAAAAUCAAAGUGUCAUGUACAACUUCUUCAACUGGCCGGCCAUGCGGCAUUCUAGACUGAUCGUCCUGGCGGUUGCCAACACCAUGGACUUACCAGAGCGGACGCUGUCCAACAAAAUUAGCUCGAGACUUGGGCUGACGAGGAUAACGUUUCCGGGCUACACACAUACACAACUAAUGGAGAUCAUAUCCUCGAGGCUAGAAGGGGUCCCCGGCAACAUCGUCGACAAAGACGCUGUACAAUUCGCGAGCCGGAAAGUCGCAGCCGUGUCCGGCGAUGCCAGACGGGCGCUCGACAUCUGCCGUCGAGCGGUGGAAAUCGCAGAGCAAUCUCAGGAAAAGCAGAGCGCGUCGAUUGUGGAUGCCGGCAACGGCGACGACACCCCAGCAACCACACCUACUCGUAGAGGCAGGCACAUUGCGAAGGACAAGGGCAACGGCGCUGGAGAGGAAGAAGAGCCUCCGAAACGACUAGCAAGGGUGACGAUCGCGACGAUCAAACAAGCCAUUAACGAAGCCACGUCCUCUCCAGUUGCGCAGCACCUGCGAUCCUUACCGCUCGCCGCAAAACUCCUCCUUGCGGCGAUAUCUGCACGCAGUCGACGCACGGGCAUCGCAGAGUCCACGAUGGGGGACAUCGUCGUCGAAGCGAAGCGGAUAGCUGAUGUCGCCGAAAAUAAUACGAUCCAUGACUUCCUGCUUGCGGACGACGGCGUAUCUGGAAAGAACGCUUCUGUCUCCGUCAUGCCCCGGAUUCUUGCCUUGGGAGGGGCAGCAAUGGCGCUGGUAGAGGCGGGCGUGAUCGCUAUGGAAUUGAGGAGUAGAGGUGAAAGAGCAGGAAAGGUCAGAUUGCGAGUAGGAGAGGAAGAAGUCAAAAGCGCCCUGAUGGGAGAUCCUGACGUCAAGGGACUGGGAUUUUAA